CGUCGCCGUCGACAGAGACGGAGCUGGCGGCGGCGCACGGGCGGGAACCUCCCUAAGCUUUUCUGGGGUCUUCCGCCUCGGACGGAUGGACGCCCAACACCCAGGAGCUGUCCGCAAACCCUUCGCCGGCGCCGCCUCCGCCUCCGCCUCUAGCGCCUCCCACGUCGACUCACCUGACGUCGAGACCGGAUCCUCCCAAUUAUCCACAAUGGAUAGGAAUUUUAUGGUGGGGCAAUAUGAGAAAAUCAUUUACACAUUCAAAAAUCUGAAUCAGUUCGUCAGAGAUCUGGAUGAAAGAACACUACCAGCUUUUGUUACCCAACUCUGUGACGCAAACAUGUUGUGCUCUUUCUCCAACGAGGACGCCUUAUGCAUUUUUAAGACUGCUGCAGAAGUCCAUGGCUGCAACGUGGUACCACAUAGCAGCCAGAUCGUUUCAACCAUCAUUAGAAUCAUGUGUUCAGUUACAGGGUCCUUGCAUAGUGAUGGUUGCUCCAAGGUGAUAUCCGCAUUAUCCCGCUGUGUCAUUGAUCCCAUGGGAACGGAAGAAGAGAAAAGAGUGACAAUUAGCUCUCUCUGCCGUCCCCUUUCUGAUUGCUUGAUGAGCACUAACGAGAGUGCCUCUUCUGGUUCUGCUGUCUGUGUUACUGCACUUAUCCAGUCUAACAAUUGGCAAUUUGCAUCCGAUGAGUUGGUUAAUGACAUCUGCUUAAAAGUCUCAAGGGCCUUAGAGGAGGUACACUGCCAGACUAUUUCACACUUAGGCUUGGUGGUUGCUCUUUCAAAAUUGAAUCAGUUGACACUUGAGCCUUAUGGGCGAUCUUUGAUAAGAUCAGGCUUACGGAUAUUGGAUGAGAGUACUAAAGCAGGCAAUUCUCAGAUGAUUAUAUCAUCCAUUGAAAUGAUACACUCCAUUAUGAAGAACUUAGGUGUGAGAAUCAUAUCUUGUGAGAUCAAUAAGAUUAUCCAUGGUAUGGAGCUAUUGCAGGAUCAUUCUAUGACAGAGAUCAUCACCUCAGUGUGUCAGGUAGCUUCUACAACAACUAACUUAUGCAAUCAGAUAUUGAGCUGGUCAAAUUUAGAGAAGCAGCAAAUCUCCACCCCAGAAGAUGGCAAACUGCCACAAGCUAAUUCUGUUGGUCGGGUUAAGUCAGCGAGGAAAUACUCAGAUGUGAUAACAAUAAUUGCUGAGCCACUCUCACCAUGUUCAAAUCCCGAGGGGACUAAUAAGUGCUCUCAGCUGUACAAUUCCAUGUCUGAUGGACCAAAUCCAAUCCGGAGAAGACUUACAUAUAGUGAGGACUUAAGUAAGAAGCAUCAUGAUCUAUUUGUUUGCACCUUAGAUGGGUCAGCCUGGACCAGAUUUUCUGAGUAUGCAAAGGAAAACAGGGAUAACUUAACAGUGAAAAUAAGUAUCCCUCGGAGCAAAGUCAAUAAAACCUCAGAAACAACGUCUAAUGAGCUUAAACUCAUUAUAAGAAGAGCAUUUCAGCUCCUGAAAAGGGUUCACAAGGCUGGACUUACCUUUGGUGGUCAACUGAGCUCAAGGUCAUUUGCAAUUAACAGCUACAAUACCGUAAAGUUGGACAAAACAACUAAGGAGAUAAUAAAAAAGAUUGAAGACAAAGAUGUUGAGGAGAAUGAGGAUCACCACUCCUUUGUUCACAUGAUCAAACGUGAAAUUUUUUAUAUGAGGACAACACCUACUGAUCUAUUGAGUUGGUUGUUUCUCGUCGAUGGAUGUGACAGGAGUUGUGAUGAACUAAUGCAGCACCAUAUAAGUUUGAUGGACGAACACCAAAACGUUUCGACGUUCAUGUCUAUGUUCGAUACGUUGCGGGAAAUGGAAAAGAAAGACAUCGGAGCCUACCAAAACGUCAUUGAUGAGCUGAGUAAGAAUGAAAACCACAGCAACUGGCAACAGCAUGUAAACUACACAGAUGGCAAUCGUUAUCUACUUGAUACUUUCAGAUACCAAGUGGACAAAAAGAAGACUCCGUACAGCAAUAAUCCUAGGGGUCUUCUAGGUUUGUUGAGAAAUUCUCGGCAACACUCGGCAAAGUUCAAAGAAUGUCUAUUUGCUCGCAUCAUUGCAGAGCAUUUUCCGGAUCUUUUGGCCGACGUGCAGCUUGCAAUGCACAAGGAAGGGUACCUUAAAAAUCUACACUUGAGAUUCUCCAUGUGCUGAAUGCAAGUUGUUAAACCACCUGUAGCUAGUUAUGCAUGCGUAGAUGUAUAGUUGCUUAACUAGCACGUGUUGAUAAAAUAGUUAAACCACCUGGAGCUUGUGCUCUAGGUGCCGAUGAAUACUUGUGACAUUACCUACAGCUUAGAAACACGAGUCUUCUGUACAUGAUGGCUGUUGUGAAUACAUACUUUGAGUUGAAGAAGAUGUU